AUGUCGAUAAUUUUAUGCUCCUGGUUCCAGAAAAUAUCAACUUCCAACAGCAGCAAUUAUGAUUAUAGCUAUUCCUCCAGCUCUUCUGACGAGGAUUCCAGAGCUUCCGCAGCCAAAUCAAAAGCUAAGACAACUCAUGAUGAGGGGGAAAAGCCUAGCGUACCCCUUAAUGAUCGGAGGGUCACUUAUGCUGAGCUUAUGAAGAGAAAAGCCGAGGAUGAUGAGGCAGAGGAUCAGGAAACUAUGUGGGUGUUACCAGAGCGCAAGAUCAAGCCUGACCGGCAUACCAGAGAGUUCCAAAAGACUAUGAAACAAAUUGAAGCUGAAGCAGAAGAAGACUCGGACUCAGACGAUCCUUAUACCCAUCCAGACUUCAUCAAUGGUUCUGACGGCGAUUCCGACGAAGAGGAGGAUUCUGAUAAGGAUAGUGAUGACGAAUCUGAAAACUCAGAUAAAUCAGACGAGUAG